AUGUCAAGACGACGCCUCAGACUCAGCUCCUACUCUGACGACGACGACGGCGGCGACGAAGAAGUACAAAAUCAACAGCAGCAACAACAAGAUUAUGAAAUCGAAAGGGAAUCAGAAAACGAAUCUCUCCAAGUACCGAACCCUAACCCUAACCUUCCUGAACAACCAGAACCACUCCCAAUCUCCUCCGACGAAGCUGAUUUUGUCGACGUCUCCGACAUCCUCACACCACCGUCUCCUCCUCUGGAGAAUCAUCUUCCUCCCGUGGCUCCACCCAUCUCUGGUUGCCCUAUUGGGGAUUUUCUACUGAGAAUGGGGCUUAGUGUAAAAAGAGAGUGGCUUGAUUCUUGUCUUCGCCAAAUUGAUAACUCUCUUGAUAUUGAGUCCAAGGCAAAGCUUUGCUUCGGUCAGUUUUUGAUUUCCGAUAUGAAUUACUGUGGCGCCGGUGUGCUUCCUCCACAUUUGGAUUCUAUGCACCUUGUUGAUCUCCCCGGACCUUUUGUGUUGCAGGUGGAUGAGAUUGUUAACAUUAGUUGUCCGCUUAAAGGAAGAUUUCAGGAUGCGAAUGCGGGGAUGAAGAGGUGCCUUAAGUUGUCUAUGACGGAUGGUAUUCAACGCGUUUUUGCCAUGGAAUAUAGGCCUAUUAAGGAUCUCAAAGUUUUAGCUCCUGCAGGGUUCAAGGUUGCCAUAUGUAAUGUACAUGUACGGCAUGGGCUUUUAAUGUUGGUUCCUGAAGCUUUAGAAGUUCUUGGAGGAGUGGUUGAGGAGUUGGAUUCAGCACGUCAACGUCUUGCUGAUGAGAUAAAUAAGCCACCAAGGGGAAGAAGUAUUCAUGGAGGUGAAAAUUUGGAGGUUAUUGGAAAAAGGUUUCCAGAGGCUUUUGAUCUUGCUGGUUAUUUUAGUUUUAAUCUUUUUAAUUGGCCUGUUAGAUCAAGGACUGGAGAGGUUCCUCCUUUAGCAAGUAGAGCUACUCUGGCUGCAUGGCCGCCUAAUGGAGUCAAUAUUCCUGGAGGCACCAAUAACUCUGGUAAUGCUUUUGGGCAUACAAAUACCUCAGUGAAUGAUCUUCAGAACACCAAUGGUUCUGUUAAUGCUCUGGGACACACCAAUAGUUCUGUCAAUGCUGUUCAACAUACUAGUAGGUCCACAGUACAGGUUGCAACUCCCUUUCAGGAAGAUGGACAAGGUGCCAAUUUUGCGGUAUCUGGCACUGGUACUCGUCAAAGAGCUGUGGAAGAAUGUACUGUUCCAAUGAGUGCAGAAAACGCUGUGCCUAAUCUAUCAUCUAGUAUUGUUUCUGAUGUUGAAGAGAUGCAUAUUAAUGAUCCUUCUAUAAGUGGGGCAAGUUCUUUGUCUAACCAACGCUCUAGUGCUACUUUGGAGCAAUAUGAUGUACAUAGGAUUGAUGGAUUUGAACACCCCCUCAUAUUAUCUAGAGACCGAGAAAUCCCCUUCACAUACUUGGCUAGUUUGUCAGCUAAGUGGGCUGCAAUGAAAGAGAGAGAACCUUCUGUUCGAGGAAAGAUCAAGUGCUUCUUGACUGGCGUGAAGGGAUUCCAAUAUAAGCAGAGGACGACAUAUGAGCUUCAGGUUUAUGUUGAUGAUGGCAGCCUCAUUUCUGAGAUCCUAAUUGAUCACAAUGUGAGUUCUAAGUUGAAAUUUACCUUUGGAUUCUAUGAGGUAGUGCUGAAAGGAAUAGGUUAUUCUCCUGAGGAGGUUACUGCUGCUCUUUCUUCUUCAGACACGAAGAGAGUUGGUGAAAUGAAAGAGACCUUGAAACAGUUUCAGAUAAUCUUGGUGAAUUUUGAGGGGAUAAUGCUCGUAGAGAUAAAUGGAGCCUGUAAACUUCCCGUUGCUCUUGAGAUGAACCAAGGUUGUCCUUCUUCUGAUGCAUGGUUGCUUAUGAGAAGACUGAAGUCCUUUUCUUCUGCUCAGACAACGCAGCAUUCCUCCGUGGAACCUAUUGAUAUAUCACCAUAA